AUGUCUGCCAAGUUUGUUUCGAUCCUCGUCGUCCUUCUCGCCGUCGUCGCCUUAACGGAAGCCCAAUAUGGUUACGGAGGUAAAUUUGAAAAGAAGUUGGAGACUUUUGAGCAGUUGGUAGUGCUGGGAAGACUAUUGCCCUCACAUCAGAUUGAAAAGACUUUCUCAGUUUUUUGAAAAUAAGUUUCAAUAAGUCAGGACUUUAAAACAAUGAAGGUGCUAAAGCUCAUUUAAAUAAAGAUCUUCACAUUUUCGAAGCUAAGAAGUACCUAAAUUACCGCUUCGUGGAAAAAGAAAAUGAAAAGUUGAAUUUUUAGACAAAAUUUGAGAGUUAGAAAUGGUGCAAUAGACAGAGUUUUAACAAUGAAAUAAAAAUUGACUGGAAAAUUGGAAAUUAGAGUCAAUAGGUCCGCGGCAUCUCAAAAAGAAGUUAGAAAAGAGAGAUUGUUUUUUUUUCUUCUACAGGCUGCUCUUUCAUUCAUUUUCAUGAUCUCUUCUCUUCAGUUUUUUCAAGCUUUCCAUUUCCAGGUGGCAUGUACGGCGGCGGCAUGUAUGGCGGUGGACCUUAUGGAGGAGGCUACGGUCGCGGGAUGUACGGUGGCGGAUACGGUCGUGGAAUGUAUGGCGGAUACGGUCGUGGAAUGUACGGAGGCUAUGGCCGUGGCAUGUACGGUGGUGGCUACGGCCGAGGACUUUUGGGCGGCGGCUACGGACCCGGAAUCUUCGGCCUCGGAAAAUAA